AUGUAUGGGUUAUUAAAUAAAAGUAACAUACCUAAAUUAUGUAGUUUUAGAAGAUUCUAUAAUGUACAAAAUACUAUAACAAAUCGAAACAAAAUAUUAUCGAACAAAUGUAUUGAAAUAUUCCAUCAAACCAAUGAAAUACAAAGAAUAAAAUGUAACAUAAAUAUUAAAGAUAAAUCCUUGAAAUCUAAAAAUGUAAAGACUUUUGUCAAUAUGUACUCAUUAAACAACAGUCAACCAUACACAACUACCAACUCUGGAUUAAAUGAAUCGAAAAUUAGUAAUAGAGUCGCGAGUAAUUUGGGGAAAGGAUCAGUGGUCACGGGAAAUCAACCAAAUAGACCAUCUAAUUAUCAAAAUGGAGAUAAAAAUGGACAUGUAGAUUAUAAACCAAGCGAUAAUAACUUAAAACUGAAUAAUGAAGAAAAGGAAUCCAGUUCAAAACAAACGUUACAUGGAAAUUCUGUUACUAGUGUUGGAAAGAAGAAAAGAUUCCAAAAAUUCAGACAAUAUAUGAGUAAAAGUAAACGUAUGAAUAAAUUAAAGUUGUAUCUGAGUAACAGCAAAAGCCUAAAUAAACUAAGGUUAUACCUCGAAAGUAACAAACGCCUGAAUAAACUAAAGCUAUACCUAAGUAACAGCAGGAGACUGGAGAAGCUCAGAGUUUAUAUACUCAAUAAUAGACAAAAGUUAAAAGGACUAACAAAUAACGUCAAAAGGCGCGAAAAAUUAAGGUUGAUGAGGUCCAAGUUCAAGGAAAAAUCCCUAGCCUUCAGAAUAGGAGCUAUGUUGACUCUGAAGCGUUACGGGAAAAUUGGAGCGAUCAUUUACUUCGGUGUUUAUGGAGUUACACUGGCUGGAAUGAACGCAAUCGUUUUUUUGAACUACUUAACGAGCGAAGACGUUAGGAAGGCUCUUAAUUAUUUGAAUAUUAGCUCAGUAAAGGUACCCGACGUGGAUAGCCCAUUCGCAAAGUUCACAGUAGCAUAUAUCGCAACAAAAAUAGUGGAGCCGCUCAGGCUAGUAGUGUCGAUUCUACUAACGGUCACAUUCACAAAAUUGUUUAGAAAAUAA